UCAGGUCGACUGACAUGUUUUACUGCAGCAGAGGAGCUCAGAGUGCCGAAAACAACCACAGAAAACCUCAGAGCUAUGACUUCUCACGCCAGCAUGUGCUGCCGCUUGUUUGACAGACAGAGGAGUUCAAAACAUUUCAGAAAACUCUUUAUCCAGUGUGUAAAUGGGAAAAUUCAGCGACUGUAUUCCGGUGCUACGCACAAGGAAAACGCUCUUGAACUUGGAGACUCGACUUCAUCUGCUGCCAACUUUGAUUCUUCUGUGAAAGCCCGGACAAAACAGAGUCUAAGUGACGACAGCAUACUACCCUUUUCGGCGUUCCUGACUGACAACUUUGGCAGGAGGCACAACUACCUGCGCAUCUCCCUGACUGAGAAAUGCAACCUGCGUUGUCAGUACUGCAUGCCGGAGGAGGGGGUGAAGCUUACACCACGCGGCCAGCUGCUGUCCACCUCAGAGAUUCUGACCCUGGCUCGCCUCUUCGUCCAGGAGGGGGUGGAGAAAAUCCGCCUCACUGGAGGAGAGCCCCUCAUCAGACCUGAUAUCCUGGAUAUCAUCGCUGAACUGAGGAAGUUGGAGGGCCUGAAAACCAUUGCAGUCACAACCAACGGCAUGAACCUGGCCAGGCUUCUGCCUAAGCUGAAGGAUAUCGGUCUUGACCUGAUCAACAUCAGCCUGGAUACACUGGUCCCGGCCAAAUUUGAGUUCAUUGUCAGGCGGAAAGGGUUCCACAAGGUCAUGGAGGGCAUUGAUAAGGCCAUCGAAAUGGGCUACAACCCUGUCAAGGUUAACUGUGUGGUGAUGCGAGGCCUCAACGAGGAUGAGCUGCUAGAUUUUGUGGCGCUGACAGAGAAGAAGCCUCUGGAUGUGCGCUUCAUUGAAUACAUGCCCUUCGAUGGAAACAAGUGGAACUUUAAGAAGAUGGUGAGUUACCAGGAGAUGCUGGACCACAUCAGGCAGCAGUGGCCCAACCUGGAAAGGCUUGAAACCGGACACACAGAAACAGCCAAGACAUUUAAGGUCCCAGGCUUCAAAGGGCAGGUGGGCUUCAUCACCUCCAUGUCUGACCAUUUCUGCGGCUCCUGCAACCGCUUACGUAUCACUGCAGACGGCAACCUGAAGGUGUGUUUGUUUGGGAACACUGAGGUGUCUCUGAGAGAUGUGUUGCGCUCCGGAGCAUCGGAACAAGAGCUACUGCAAAUCGUUGGAGCUGCUGUUGGCAGGAAGAAGAAACAACAUGCAGGCAUGUUCAAUAUUUCCCAGAUGAAGAACAGGCCUAUGAUCCUCAUUGACACUACAUCUGAAAGGCAUUUGUCUCUGCCAAAGUCUGAAGACAAAACGACAUCUUCCCCCAUAGUUUCCCAUUUUACAAACAACACAUUCCUCUCUCCAACAGCGGCUCCUCACAGGAGAGUCCUGAAUAGAGAGGGUUUUUUUUGCCUUUCAGACUGCACUGCUUCAACACAGGCAGCCCAUGUUUGCUGCCUUAGAACCUUAACGAGUGGGGGUACCGGUGUUAUGUCGCAUAUCAACACAAAUACACGCACAAAUGUCAGGAGCUACAUUAAUGAAGGCUGUCUCAGGUACGCACAAGCCAGGGGUCAUAAUGCUUUGAAGAGCCACUUACUCAGGCCCCCAGGAACACCCACUUGUUGCACAUUACUCAUGAAUGCCAAAAUUAAUCUUAAACAACACAAUGUAAGACUGUGCCACAAUCAAUGCUCCAGCAAAGACCCCAGUGUCAAACUCAGACAAUCUGUGAGUGAUCAGACGCAGUCGGGCACAAAUGUCUAUAACACUGAGCUGGAUGUAGCCCAGCUAACGCAUACAGACACACAGGGCCGAGCCAACAUGGUGGAUGUUGGGGGGAAAGUUCCCACACGUCGAACAGCCACAGCCCGCGCCACCGUCAUCCUGGGCCCCACUGCUUUCCGGCUGCUUCGGGAUAACCAGCUGGCUAAGGGUGACGCCUUGACCGUGGCGCAGCUGUCUGGCAUCAUGGCUUCCAAGCAGACCUCAGCCCUCAUCCCGCUCUGCCACCCCCUCCCCUUAGACCACGCCUCUGUCACCUUCGACCUGGACGAGCAGCAGAACGCUGCGGUCAUCACAGCAACGUGUCGCACUACGGGCAAGACAGGAGUGGAGAUGGAGGCCCUGACAGCCGUUUCCGUUGCUGCGCUGACCAUCUAUGACAUGUGCAAGGCAGUGAGCCAUGACAUCAUCAUCACUGAUGUGAUACUGGUCAGUAAGACAGGAGGGAAGAGGGACUUUCAUCGUCAUCCCUGACUUAGUCCCUCCACUGACUGCAUCAAUCUUCACUGGCGUUGUAAUAUUUUUCUACAAAAAUGAAAUGUAUGCCAUCGUAAUAAUUAAAAAAUAUAUGCUUUUAUCACAUGGAGUUCUACACACAUACCAGUAGUUAGCUUGAUUUUCAUCUCCACUAACAUUGUACCGAGAUUAAAUGACUUGAUCUCUCACUAAUCCCAUACAAUAUGAAUCAUGGUAUCUAAACAGUAUAUGUUUAAUUUAAACUAGAAGAUCUUAAUUAUUUCAGUGCCAUAUGUGUUAAUAUUUAUUUCCUGUAAGACAUUCAACCAGUUGCAAGUGAAGAGCUUAAAACAGUUGGUCACUAGAGGGCACUCAAGAUUCACAGGCCUCCCUGUUGGAACAAACUGAGGGCGACCCUAUUGUAUUCACAUGUUGAAUGUAUUCAUCUUUUAUUUAACUACAUCAACUUGAGUGAUUUCAAGAAAGAGGGAAGCCAGGGUGCAGAGUGUAUGUUUUGAUGUCAGCUGGGGACAUGGCAGUGAAACAUCACAUACGGUAGUCUAUUUUCCUCUGCUUUCCUACAUUACCCUUAUAAACAGCAACUAGAAAGUCUUUAUAAUUGAAUUUUGGGGUCCGGGGGUUGCUUUCAUAAUUUUGUCUAUGGUGAUAAUUGGUAAAGGAUUCCCUCUCAAGUUGGGCAUUUAAGUAGAAUUGGUUCUCUUUUCCUUCCUCGUACAGCAUGCUGUAAACACUGGAUAGACUGUGCACUCAUACCUUGUUACAGUAGAGGAUAACUAUAGCUUAACUGUUUUAUUUAGCUGGUGGUUCAAUAUCCACCUUCUGUAUACUGGGUGGCUGAUUACACUAUUACAUUCAUUAUACUACAUGAUUACAUUAUUUUUGUUGUGUUAUAUUUACCCUAGAAAGAAAUUCAUUGAUUAUGUUUGUUGAUUUGAUGGUAGCACAACAUGUGUAAUUCAACUGCCUGCACAACAACAGAUGCAGCCUGUAUGUAUUAUGUUUCAUAUUCAUGUUGUCAGUUCUAAUGUAAGUAUGAUCAUCACUAGUUAUACAGGUUAUAGCUUUUGUAUCAUGGCAAAUAGUUGAUUGUAUUAUUCGCUCUGCUUUCAGCUCACUUCAUUGCACUGCUUUUUAUUUCCAUAAGUGAAAGCAAGCUGUGCACAUUUAUUUUCCUUAGAGAAAUCAAAGUAUUCUUCAAUCUUUCUCCUGCGAUGUCCAUUGUGGUUUAAUUAAAGACAAUUGAAAAAAGGGGUUUAUCUUUAAAACAUAAUUUUUUUCAGGUCAAAAAUGUUUUUUUAAAUUUCAGUUCAAUAAUUGCAUUUGAUUAAUAGUCAACAGUUACCUACAUAUGGGCUUAGAUAUGUCUCAUUAUUUGUGUGAACAAAUAAAUGUGUACAUUUGUAAAUCUUUUAAAUGCAUUUUUGAAUGGUGUUUUACAUUUACAAAUCACAUAUUUACACACAAAUGAUUUGUAUGUUCACACAAAUAAUGAGACAUAUCUAAGCCCAUAGUGGAAAGGGAUUGGCAAUGCCACAUAAAACUUCAGUGUACAAAAGAGAUUUUGAAUUAUUUUCUGAGUAGAUUUCAUUCAUUUCAUUUUGAACUGCAAAACAAACUUUCAGCUGCACGUUGCAUCAUACAGUACAGGCUGAAUGAUCAGCAGACUGUAGAUAAUACAACAAUAAAAAAAGCACUUAAAAGUAAAUGUAGGCCUUGUAACUUAGUCACCAGCACUUACAAUGAUAUGGCUUGCUUGAAGUGAAUAUAUCACUUUCCUUGUUGGUCGGAGUUUGAAUCUUUAUGGUUUUUGCACUUAUUGUAAAUCGCUUUGGAUAAAAGCUUCAGCUAAAUGUAAUGUAGUGAGUCGCUGCCCCUCAGUGGUGACAGGGAGGAAUUACAACACAUUAAUUCAGAGGAAAUGUACACUUUUAAUGUUUAUCAUCAUUAUUCUUAUAACGACUGCAUCACUAUUAUUAAUAAAGAUUUAAGAACUUA